GGACGCUGGGGCUGGCGGCAGGUACGGGGCCGAGCAGCGGGCGCGGAGGCCGCUGUGGGGGCCUCGGGCCUUCCCGAUCUUCCCCCCUCCUUGUCUUCUCUGAGGUUAUCCUUUAUUGGCACCUGCUGGGGGAAACAUGCUGAGAGCAAAGGAUGCCCUCUUGCGCCUCUGGCCCCACCACUGCACGUGGCUGGCACAACUUCCAGCCUCUCGCCUGGCGUGGCGUUCUCUGCACAGGCAGCCUCUGCACCCCGAGUGGGCCGCCCUCGCGGAGAAGCAGCUGAAAGGCAAAAACCCGAAGGAUUUGAUAUGGCACACCCCAGAAGGCAUCGACAUCAAACCCUUGUAUUCCAAGAGGGACACAGAAAACCUUCCUGAGGAGCUGCCAGGGGUGAAACCUUUCACUAGAGGACCUUACCCAACCAUGUACACGUACAGGCCAUGGACCAUCCGCCAAUACGCUGGCUUCAGCACUGUGGAGGAGAGCAACAAGUUCUACAAGGACAACAUUAAAGCUGGCCAGCAGGGAUUGUCAGUUGCUUUUGAUCUAGCCACCCAUCGUGGUUAUGAUUCAGACAAUCCACGAGUUCGUGGGGAUGUUGGAAUGGCUGGAGUUGCCAUUGAUACAGUGGAAGACACCAAAAUCCUGUUUGAUGGAAUUCCUUUGGAGAAAAUGUCCGUUUCUAUGACGAUGAAUGGGGCAGUCAUUCCAGUGUUGGCAACAUUCAUCGUAACUGGAGAAGAGCAGGGAGUGCCUCAAGCCAAACUGACAGGGACGAUCCAAAAUGACAUAUUGAAGGAGUUCAUGGUUCGAAAUACGUACAUUUUCCCCCCAGAACCAUCAAUGCGGAUUAUUGCUGACAUCUUUCAGUACACCUCAAAGUAUAUGCCAAAAUUUAAUUCAAUUUCAAUUAGUGGAUACCAUAUGCAAGAGGCAGGAGCUGAUGCCAUUCUGGAAUUAGCUUAUACUAUAGCUGAUGGCUUGGAAUACUGCAGAACUGGACUUAAAGCUGGCCUUACCAUUGAUGAAUUUGCACCAAGACUUUCUUUCUUCUGGGGAAUUGGCAUGAACUUCUAUAUGGAAAUAGCUAAGCUAAGAGCUGGGAGGCGGCUGUGGGCUCAUCUAAUAGAGAAAAUGUUUAAGCCCAAGGAUCCCAAAUCUCUUCUUCUGAGAGCUCAUUGUCAGACUUCAGGCUGGUCACUCACUGAGCAGGAUCCCUUUAACAAUGUUAUUCGUACUACAAUUGAAGCAAUGGCUGCAGUGUUUGGAGGUACACAGUCUUUGCAUACAAAUUCAUUCGAUGAAGCCUUGGGUUUGCCUACAGUAAAGAGUGCUCGCAUUGCUCGGAAUACACAGAUCAUAAUACAAGACGAAUCAGGUAUUCCUAAAGUGGCAGACCCCUGGGGGGGAUCUUACCUCAUGGAGUGCCUCACCGAUGAUGUCUGUGAAGCUGCUUUAAAGCUCAUUGAAGAGGUUGAAGAAAUGGGUGGAAUGGCCAAAGCUGUAGCUGAGGGAAUUCCCAAACUUCGGAUUGAAGAGUGUGCAGCUCGGCGACAAGCCAGGAUUGACUCUGGUUCUGAAGUAAUUGUUGGAGUAAACAAGUACCAGCUAGAAAAAGAGGAGACAGUUGAAGUUCUGGCUAUUGAUAAUACUUCAGUCCGUGGCAAGCAGAUUGAGAAGAUUAAUAAGGUUAAGGCUAAUAGAGAUCAAGCAGCAGCCCAGCAAUGUCUUGCUGCUCUAACACAGUGUGCUGCUACUGGGGAAGGCAACUUACUGGCGCUUGCGGUGGAAGCAGCACGUGCAAGGUGCACUGUCGGAGAAAUAACAGAUGCAAUGAAGAAGGUGUUUGGGGAGCAUAAAGCCAGUGACCGAAUGGUGAGUGGAGCUUAUCGCCAGGAGUUCGGAGAGAGUGAUGAAAUUCUUUAUGCCAUCAAUAGAGUUAACAAGUUCAUGGAUCGUGAAGGGCGCAGGCCUCGUGUACUUGUCGCAAAGAUGGGCCAAGAUGGCCAUGACAGAGGAGCUAAAGUUAUUGCUACAGGAUUUGCAGACAUUGGCUUUGAUGUGGACAUAGGUCCCCUCUUCCAGACACCUCGAGAAGUGGCCCAGCAGGCAGUUGAUGCAGAUGUGCAUUGUGUUGGUGUGAGCACACUCGCCGCAGGUCAUAAAACUCUUGUGCCUGAACUCAUCAAAGAACUCAAUGCCCUUGGCCGCCCAGACAUUCUUGUCAUGUGUGGAGGUGUCAUCCCACCUCAGGAUUAUGACUUCCUCUAUGAAGCUGGCGUUAGCAAUGUGUUUGGUCCAGGGACUCGUAUUCCGAAAGCAGCUGUCCAAGUGCUGGAUGAUAUUGAGAAGUGCCUGGAUAAGAGGCAGCAGUCUGUGUAAUGCUGGAAUUUCACACAGUGCAACCAAUCUUACAGUAAUUGCUUAUAAUCAUCAGCAGGGGUUGUCCAGCCCACGUACCUUUGGUUCCACUGCCCAGUGGCCUGGUGUUUUUUGCUUUCUAAGAAAGUUAUAAAUUCUAUGGCUUAUUCUAUCUGAAGAUUAUUUAUGUAUGUAUCCACAGGAAAUUUUUGUCUUUAGAACUAUAAAGGGAAUUCAAUAAAUGGGUUUGGUAUUUUUUCCACAUUUAUUGCUAAAUAAAAUAUCCGUUCCAGCUGUUCAGUUAUUCCAUUGAUCCCUUUUACAUAUGGUGACUACUUUUGAAAUUUUGGAGUGUUAUAUUUGGCAGGCAUUUUAGACAUAGAAGUCUUCAGCAAAAUCACUAAAGUUCAGCAGAAAUGUGAUUGAGUCCUACAACACUUUGAUGUUAAUCUGAUUCAACUUGCUUUGGAAAGGUCCAGGUAGAUAAAAACAUAAUUUUUCAACGUUUGUGAUUUGUUUAGUAAGAUACAAAUCCUGUUUGUGGCAGUGAUCCAUACAGAAGCAGCUGUCCAGCUCUGGCCUGUCUGCAUUGCUGCCCUUCCCUGAUGCUUCACUUUUAAAUGAAAUUCAUUUCCUUCCAUCUCCCUUACUGGACAUAAAUACAGGACUAAGUGUUGCUCCUACUAUUCCUAUCUAUUUAGCAGUUGGACUCUUUGUGUCAGAGAUUUCUCACUAUUUUUGUCUCCCUUCCAUAAGGAAUUGGAUUUAUACUUGUAAAAUGCUAAGAGUGGGGCAAAAUCCUCUGGGGGACCCUUACAGUGCAAACGAGGGUGUGAGGGUCUGCUGGGGGCCAGUUCCUGCCAUUCUGGCCCUAUCCCACUUCACUUCAUUUUGCCUUACUGCUCAUUGCAUUACCUCAUAAAAUGAUACUAAAGCUUCCAUGUGAUAGCGCUCAUAUACCUACUGUGAAAGAGGCUGUAGCGCACUUAAAUUCAACACCAUCAUAAAGUGAGAUUUUCUGCAGUUGGCUGCAAUUUGCAGAUCCAAUCAAUAGCAUUUUACCCUUGCUUCAGGGAUUGCAACUGAUGAAAUCUUUACUUAAAAUAAACUGCUUCAGUGGAGCAUAUGUGCUCCAUCAUACUCUCACGUUGCUCAGAAAUAAACAGGUUAAUGGACUUGC